AAAGAGGAUUUACUGAUGCAGGUUAUGAUACUUGCCGGAACAGACACAUCAGUCGUUACAAUUGAAUGGGCGAUGUCUCUUUUGCUCAAUAAUCCUUAUGCGUUCAGGAAAGCGAGAGAUGAAAUAGACAGUGCUCUUGGACUUGACCGCUUGGUGGAGGAAUCAGAUUUAUCUAAAUUGCCUUAUCUAGGAAAUAUUAUUUCAGAGACUUUCCGUGUAUAUCCUGCAGCACCAUUGUUGGUGCCUCAUGAGUCAUCAGCUGAUUGCAAAAUUGAGGGAUAUGAUGUGCCACGAGGCGCCAUCUUAUUGGUCAAUGCAUGGUCCAUUCACAGGGAUGCAAAGGUGUGGGAUGAUCCUUUAAGUUUUAAGCCAGAGAGGUUUGAAAGUGGAAUAUCUGAGCCAUAUAAGUUGAUGCCAUUUGGUAUGGGCAGAAGGUCUUGCCCUGGAUCUGGACUUGCCCAACGUGUAGUUGGCUUGGCUUUAGCCUCGUUAAUACAAUGUUUUGAGUGGAAGAGAACUAAUGUGAAGGAGGUUGAUUUGGCCGAAGGAAGAGGACUUACUAUGCCUAAACUCGAGCCACUUGAAGCUAUGUGCAGAAGCCGCGACAUCAUAAACAAACUUCGGGUUUGAAGCUACAAAAAGUUAGUACUACUUCUCUACUAAUACGACAUCAUAAACAAAUUUCUGGUUUGAAGCUACUGCGCACCAGAAAGUCCCUAGCUGUGCCCUUCAGCCUUGAAGCUACAGUUAACGGCUUAACACUUAUAUAUUGAGCUCUUCAUAAUUAGAACAGAGGAAUACCUUUCGUUAUUUUUUUGCCUGUCUAAUUGAACCAACAUGCAUGUUAAACAUUUCAUAUCUCUAAUUUGUCUAAGCACUUAUCUAGCCAUAUGUGGAUUGCACUUAUCUAGCCAUAUGUGGAUUGUUGCCGACAAAGAUAAGUACUUAUCUAGCUGACUACGAAUGAAUUAAAAGUUAACUGCAUAAAUAUUGCUGUAUCCAAAAUUCAUCAUAUGAUAAAUUGUUUGGGCUGAACUUUCAUGGAGGAUGAAGAUUUUAGCUAACCUUUGUGAUGUUAG